AGGGUGCAACAUACUCUUAGGAAGGACAAUUCAGCAGCGGAUCAUAUGACAUCUAUUGCCCAAAAUCUUCCUCAAGGAGUCACCUUCUUUGAUUCCCCACCGGCAGAUAUCCAUGGCAUUCUUUCUAGUGAUGAUGUAGGGACUUUGUUCCCCUUAGAGUUUGAGCUUUGUUAUUUUAGCUUCUUAUGGAUCAAAAGGGUUGAAUUCUUCAAUUUGACCAAAUGGAAAGGAGAUGGUUACUACGGACCUCUGCCGGAGUUGUUGUCGGCAGAGAAACCGGCGAUCUAUUGCAAUUUUACACAACAAGAGUUCCUUGAAAAUUUCUAUGGCAAGGGGUUGGAUGGCAAAUCCCUCUUUGACAAAAUCACAAUUCAGGGCUAAAACACUGUUUGUUUCAAUUAAAAUUACAUAUCUGGGCUUUGUAACCUUUAAAACCUAUUUGUGUGUACCGUAAAUAAAAACCUAUGUGUCAAAUAAUAAUCAACUUCCUGUUGAUUUUUGUUUAUUUAUUAUGUAUUAAAGAAUAGUAAUUUAA